AUGGCAGUUUGGGACAAAAACACCGCCUGGUGCUUUAUGUCACUGCUGGCAGCUGCUGUUGGUAUAGGAGUGAAUUAUCCAGGUCCAGUUUGUGGCGUGAAAGGAUCGACUGUCACUCUCCCCUGCACCUUCACACCUGCCACUGUCAAAGACAACGGACGAGAAGUUCAGAUAAAAGUCACCAGAGUCGUCUGGUGUCAGAACCAUCUGCUCUGUCAUCUCACCACCCCGUCUGUCUACGACAGCGAGUCACGGAACAACGACCCUCGGUACAAAUACCUGGGAGACAAGAGCAGCACCUGCACCUUACAGAUCUCAGAUCUACAGGAGGGAGACAACGCAACUCUUCGCUUCAGGGUGGAAGCUAAAGAUGGCAGAGGAAGUUUUACUGGCACAAACGGAGUGAAAGUCACAGUCAGCGGUAAGAGCAUUAUAAUAACAGCAUCAAAUAAAAAUGGCUCAAUAUUAAUAAUCACUGAAGGCUUGGGCUGAUGGUCGAUUGAAUUGACAAUCAACAAUGGUUUAAAUCCAUUUGCAAAGCCUUUCUAGCUGUCGAUGCUUUGACAAUUUAUUUUUGCCAGAAAAACUGUGAAUUU